UUUAAAUGCCUCUCGACGGGCGCCCGCCGCGCCUUUGGGUCCUGAGCUGGUGGGCUGGCGCGGGCGCGUCCCAGGAGGGAGAGCAAAGCCCGCGUCUUCCCAGGGCGACUUCACCUCUUCCUAGUGGCCGAGGGGCUCGGCUGCUUCCCGGGCAGCCCCAUGAAGAAGCCGCCCCUUGGCUUGGCCUCCUAGCCCGCUUUGCGGCGCCAGCCCCAGCCGCCUUUCGCCAUGAGCUGUCUGGAUGUUAUGUACCAAGUCUACGGUCCUCCUCAGCCUUACUUCGCAGCAGCUUACAGUCCUUACCACCAGAAAUUAGCCUUUUACUCGAAGAUGCAGGAAGCCGCCGAGAGCGCCAGCACCAGCGGCAGCAGCAGCUCUUCCUUCUCCAACCACGCCGCCCCGGCCAGCAUCAAAGAGGAGGAGUGCAGCCCGGAGAAAGAGCGCCCCCCAGAGGCCGAGUACAUCAACGCCAGGUGUGUCUUGUUCACCUACUUCCAAGGGGACAUCAGCGCCGUGGUGGACGAACACUUCAGCCGAGCCCUCAGCCAGCCCAGCAGCUACUCGCCCAGUACCGCGAGCCUCAAGGCCGUCGCAAGGAGCUCCGCCGCUUGGAGAGAGGGAUCUUUUCCUAUGAGCCAGCGUAGUUUCCCACCUUCCUUCUGGAACAGCACUUACCAACCUUCUUCUGUGCCUGCCUCUUUGGGCAGCCCAUUGGCAGCUACUGCCCACAGUGAACUCCCUUUUGCUACAGCGGACCCUUAUUCUCCAGGCUCACUGCACAGCCACCUUCAUCAGGGGCCCCCGGAACCUUGGCACCCAGCUCACCAUCAUCAUCACCAUCACCAUCACCACCCAUACAUCGGUGCACAGAGUUCUGCUUACCCUCGGCCCACCACAGUGCACGAGGUCUACAGCCCACACUUUGACCCUCGCUACGGUUCGCUGCUGGUGCCUGCUGCUUCUGUGCGUCCCCACCGUCUCACUCCUGCCUCGGUGCCCACACCAGUCAGCCCUCAGUGUGAGCUAGGCAAGAAUGAGCCUGCCACAUCAUCAUGGACAACACCAGCUCCUUUUGCUGGUCCUGCGGGAGAGAUGGCACAGAGCUUAGGGCUGAAUGUAGAGACAGGUUUGCAACCUCAGGAUAAAAGCAAAGAUCUCUACUGGUUUUAGAUUCCACCAUUACUUCUCCUCUAGUCAGACUUUUGCCUAUGUAGGAAUGGGGACAGAGCCAAAGUCAAGUCAAUUUGUAACAGCUUCUGAUCUUGGUUUUCAGCUCAUCAUUAUUCCUACUGUGCUGGAUCGCUCCUGAGCUGAGCUGCUGGUUAUAACCCUCCCUUCCUACACACAAUUGCCAGUUUCAUUCUUUGCCUCAUGGUUCUGAUACCAGCAUCUCACAUCGAGACAAGAAAAGCGGAAUGGCAAAGGAGGCUAAAAAGCUUCUUCAGUUUGGCAUUUCUUCUCCUAAAAUGGCAAAAUUGAACACAACAGCUUCACAUUCAGAAGAACUGAGUAAAAUGAAUGAGGAUGUGAAAAACAUUGACUUUAGGAAGCUGAAAGGUUUGUUAAUAUUAGUGAGGACAUAAAUCAUACUUAUCAUUUGGCAUUUAAAAAAAACUGGAAGCAGCAUGGAAGAUAUUUAGGCAUUGUGAAUGAAGCAGAGUAAUUCUAAACUCUUAAAUACAUUUGGAACAUAUAUAUUUUUUUUAUAAAAGGAUGGAUCUUUCUGACUUCAGCGUGGUGAUGAGUGGCAAGUGACUAGUGGGGCCACCUGCCUCCAGGCUUACACAAAUGCAGCUGUUCAAGAGACAACUGUUGCAACUCCAAGAACUUGACAAUCAAGGUGGCACUUCUCCGAGUUUGGCACAAAAAUUGCAUAGGAUAAUACUUAUAUACAUAGUUGUAUAUAUAAGGUUUUUUUAUACAAAAAACAUUGAUGAUGAUAUAAAAUAUCCUUUAAAAAAAACUCUUCCAGCUUUCAGGAGAAACAACUGGAGUGAGUGGGAGGGGAGGGCUAAUGGGGUAGACAAAAGACUUCAUUUAAUUGAAUGUUCCCUUAUGACUUUUUGUAGCAACCAGGAGACGGUCUCGCCUCUCUCUUGUUUUGAAAAGGGUAUACAGUAUAAGAAGUGUUUAUUUGUAGGGAAAAUAAUUAAAAAUGUCUCCUUUAA